AUCAUUAAUUCUAAGUAUAUAGUUGUUAUAUAUUAUUAUACCAAUAUAAAUUUAAACACUGAAUUUCUCAGAUUCUUUCUGUAAAAAAAAAAACACAAACAAAAGGCAUACACAAACUCAUGAAACACAAAUCCCAGAUUUGAUUUUGAAAUAAAUGAUUUUGGAUUUGAAGUUAUAAUUUGGUUACAGAGAGUGAAAUUUUGAAGGUGCCCCAGGGGGCGAUUUGGUGAAGUGGGUUUUAACUGUUUUGCUUUGUUUCUUGAAUUCAGAGCAUUGAUAGUGUGUUCAAGAAAAAAAAAAAACCAUCUUUGGCCAAUUUGGUGAAGUGGGUCUUGAUUGUUUUCCUCAUUAAACCCGUUAUCUGUUGAUGAAUUCUUGAUAGUAUUUGAUUUUAAUGUUGGCAAAAACAAGUGGGGUUUUUGAGAUGAGAUGAGAGGGGGUGUUGUUUUGUGUAAGGUUUAAGGAGAGACAAUGACUGGAGGGUCAUUGGGGAUCCGUUCUGGUAGCUAUGGUUCAUUGGACAAGCAACUACAACUACUACAACAGAAUGGUAAUGGUGGUCUUAGUGGCGUCCCCUUUUCUAUGCAAACAACUGGCCGUACUAAGCCUGCAAAGAUGUUCAAGGAGAAAGAGAGUCUCUUCCAUUGGAUCGUCAAGUUUGCUGGUAGAAAAAAGGUCGGAAUGCUGUUCCUUUGUGUCAUCUCUGCCGCGGUUUUUGUCUGGGUUUUGUAUGUAGGAAAAGGUGAAGAUGCACAGGAAGGUGACCGUCCUCCUAAUAUUAGUGUCAAUGCCUCAGUGUCCUUAAGCCGUAUUGAGAACAAGACUUCUUUUCUUCAAGGAAUAAUUUCAGAUAUUAGUUUGCCUCCUCCUCCUCCUGCAUAUUUUUUGGGGUACACCCUUCCUCCAGGGCAUCCAUGUAAUAGUUUUACUUUACCUCCCCCACCAGCAGAUAAAAAAAGAACCGGACCAAGGCCAUGUCCUGUUUGUUACCUUCCUGUGGAAGAAGCCAUUGCUUUAAUGCCGAAGGUCCCCUCGUUUUCUCCAGUAAUCAAGAAUUUGACAUAUAUCCAUGAGGAUCCUCUAAGUGGAGAAAGAGAUUUUGGAGGCUCAGAUUUUGGUGGAUAUCCUACUUUGAAGCAUAGAAGUGACUCUUAUGAUAUUAGAGAGUCAAUGAGUGUGCAUUGCGGAUUUGUCCAAGGGAAAAGACCUGGCCAGAAUACAGGAUUUGACAUGGAUGAAAUUGAUCUCGAGGCGAUGAAGCAGUGCCAUGGUGUUGUUGUUGCCUCAGCAAUAUUUGGAGCUUUUGAUGACAUACAACAACCACAUAAUAUUAGUGAAUACUCCAAGAACACCGUCUGCUUCUUCAUGUUUGUUGAUGAAGAAACAGAAGCAUAUUUAAAGAACAACAGUGGCCUUGAUGACAGCAGGAAAAUCGGUUUAUGGAGAAUUGUUGUUGCCCAUAAUCUUCCUUACACAGAUGGAAGGCGCAAUGGAAAGAUUCCAAAGCUUCUAUCACAUAGAAUGUUUCCGAAUGCCCGCUUUUCCUUGUGGAUUGAUGGGAAACUUGAACUUCUUGUUGAUCCAUAUCAGAUUCUAGAAAGGCACUUGUGGAGGAAAAAUGCUACUUUUGCAAUUUCUAGACAUUACAGACGCUUUGAUGUGUUUAUGGAAGCUGAGGCAAAUAAAGCUGCAGGCAAAUAUGAAAAUGCCUCCAUUGACUUUCAGGUAGAAUUUUAUAAAAAGGAGGGUUUGAUUCCAUAUUCUGAGGCCAAGCUUCCUAUUACAAGUGAUGUUCCUGAAGGAUGUGUUGUGAUAAGGGAGCAUGUUCCUAUUAGCAACCUCUUUACUUGCCUUUGGUUCAAUGAAGUUGAUCGCUUUACUUCAAGGGACCAAAUCAGCUUUUCCACUGUCAGGGAUAAGAUCCAUGAGAAAACAAAUUGGACUGUCAACAUGUUCCUGGACUGUGAAAGGCGCAACUUUGUUGUUCAGAAAUACCAUAGAGAUGUUUUAGAACAGAUGGCUCAUCCUCCUCCUGUAUAUCCUCCACCUCCACCAUCGCUACUACAACUACCGCCAUCACCACCUGUUUUGGUUAAUGAACCUCCAAUUCAAACAACACCUGAAACUUCAACUGUAAAGGUCAUAGGUGCUCCUGUUCGGAAAACCCCAGCUAGGCGUGGGAGGAGGUCUGGUUCUAGGCGCCACCGCAAAGUUGUUGCCGGUGCCAAGGACACCGAUGCAAGUUAAAAUUUUGAUCAGGAAAAGUCUCGUUCUUUUUCCUUCCCUUCUAAAAUUGUUCGCUGGGAUGGAAGAUUUGCGCAAGAAGAGUGUUACAGUUCUGUCACCUCAGGGAAUACCUUCUUUCAUUCUUUUUUUUCCCAACCUUUUGAAUUAACCUUUUCUGCUAAUUUUUUGUUGUAUAUAGAUAGCAAUUUUAAAUAAUUAUGACAUGGGUUGCUACCAAAGUCCUCACAUUAGUAACCCAUUCUACUGUUCCUUGUGAUAGCAAGGUUGUCUUGGAACUUAUUUUAUAGUAAUAUUAAUGUCUCUUCCUUUUUAGGAACAAAUAAAUUCAACGGAUAUCAUUUUCCA